UUACCGAGUCCUGCCUCGAUCGACUACGAUCCCUCGCACAGCAUCCCUUGAAACCACCAGUUCCUUCCGAGCGUCGUCUCCGUUAUCGGUCGCUACCCGCGGAAGGAGAACCCCAUGGAACCAGCCGUUCGCGGGCAUCGAUUAGAAUCCUGACAAAUGCGAUAGGAAUUAGAGGAAGACGAUCGCGAAUCGUUAUCGGAAGCUACGCCGAUAAAACAGACGAGCGUGGACUGCGAUGGUAAACGGUGCCCGGCGGAGCGUGGCGAAAGUCGAAUGGUAAAGAGAUGGCAGGUGCCAUCCAGGGAUCCGGCGGAAAUCAAUACGAGGAGGAUUGGUAGAGGGGUUGGAGGUGCAUCAAACCAUCCCCAUGAGAGAGAGACAGCCGCGCACCUGGCGGCACCGAUACAGCGGCGGAGCUGCGACGAAAAACCGAGCUGGAAAAUGUCAUAGUCUCGGGGACGAGCGUGGUACCGUGUUUCCUCGGCUUUCUUCAUCCUUCGGCCAUCGCCCUUCCUUCUCCGUCGCCCCGUCGUUCCGCCGUUCCGUCGCCCUGUCACCCUAUCUCGCCCUGUCGUCCCGGUGCUGCUCGUCCAUCAUCGGGUGAUUCGACCCGGCUCUCGGUCUAGUGAAUCGAUAAUUGAAGUGAUUGUGCGACGAUUCCGGGAUCGGUGGCGGGCAAAGAUGUCGGUGAAGAUGAUGAUGUACAAACAGGCAGGGAACGAGGAUGAGGACAUCAACAGCAUCGGGUCCGGCGUACUGAACAGCGAGGACAUCAGCACCUCGGCGACAUACAUCAGAUAUCGUUCGGGUACGUGGCUGUGGAGGUCGAGGAGCGCGCUGGAGCGAUACCUUUUCGUCAUAUGCUCGAUCCUGCUGAUGAUGGUCGUGAUGCUCUCAAUAAUGAUCAGCAGUAAGAACAACUGGGACGAGGCGCAGAUACUCCACGUAACAUCUCACGGAGACGAUGGGACGCACUGCUUGACGGAGCACUGCGUCACCGUGGCCGCGUCCAUCAUAAACAGUAUCGACCGCACGGUGGACCCGUGCGAGGACUUCUAUGGGUACGCGUGCGGCGGCUGGAUGAAGAAGAACCCGAUACCGGAUGGGAACAGCAUCUGGGGAACGUUCGGUAAACUGGAGCAAGAGAAUCAGCUGGUGGUCAAGAACGUUCUCGAGAAACCGCUCACCGAGAUCAAGUCGAAGGCGGAGAAGAAGGCCAAGUAUUAUUUUCUCUCGUGCAUGGACGCGAAUGAGACCAUAGAGACGCUCGGCGCGAAGCCCAUGCUCGAGCUGCUAGAUGCCAUCGGCGGCUGGAACAUCUCCGGGAAGUUUAACGUCUCCGCGUGGUCCUUGCAAACCAGCAUGCACGUUCUGCAGAACGUAUACAACAUGGACGGUCUGUUUACUUGGGCGGUAAACGAAGACGAACGGAAUAGCACCAGGCACAUUAUACAGAUGGACCAAGGCGGCCUGACGUUGCCGACCGCUGACAAUUAUCUGAACGUUACCGAGCACGGCAACGUGUUGGCCGCCUAUUUGGACUACAUGACGAAGAUCGGCGUGUUGCUCGGCGGGGAGGAGGACUCGACUAGGAAACAAAUGCAGGAAGUGAUCAACUUUGAGACUCAGUUGGCGAAGAUUACGAUCCCACUGGAGGAACGCAGGGACGAGGAGAAGCUUUACAACCUGAUGACGUUGAACCAGCUUCAAGAAAAAGCACCUUUCUUGUCUUGGGUAACCUACUUCCAAAACGCCACGCGGUUGGUGAAGAAGAAGAUCAACGGCACCGCGACGAUAGUCAACUUCGCGCCGGAAUAUUUCGCCAAGCUGUCGAAGAUCGUGUCGGAGUACACCAAAACCGACGAGAAGAAAAUAGUACUAAACAACUAUCUAGUCUGGCAGACGGUGAGGUCGUUAACCGGCUGCUUGUCGAAACCGUUCCGCGACGCUUACAAGGGUCUGAGGAAGGCCCUGAUCGGCUCGGAAGGGCGAGAAGAGCAAUGGCGUUAUUGUGUCAGCGACACCAGCAACGCGAUGGGCUUCGCGGUCGGAGUCAUGUUCGUCCGAGAAGUUUUCCGCGGGAAGAGCAAGCCAAUGGCGGAGGAGAUGGUCGACCAAGUGCGCAAAGCUUUCACGAAGAACUUGAAGAACGUGGACUGGAUGGACGCGGAGACUAGACGGUCCGCGGAGGAGAAGGCGAACGCGAUCACGGACAUGAUCGGCUUCCCGAACUUCAUUUUGAACCCUAACGAGCUCGACGACCGGUACAAAGAUCUAACGGUGAAGCAGAACGAAUACUUCCAGAACAACAUCCGGGUGAACAAGUACAACUUACGGAAGAACUUAGAGAAGCUGGACCAGCCCGUGAACAAGACCACUUGGAUCAUGACUCCACCCGCGGUGAACGCUUACUACAGGCCUACCAAGAAUCAAAUGGUGUUCCCCGCCGGUAUUCUGCAGAGUCCGUUCUACGAUAUGGAGAAUCCCGAGAGUUUGAACUUCGGUGGGAUAGGGGUGGUCAUGGGACACGAACUGACGCACGCGUUCGACGAUCAAGGGAGAGAGUACGAUUUGAACGGGAACUUGAAUCAAUGGUGGAACAACGCGACGAUAGAUAGAUUCAAAAAUAGAACGGAAUGUCUCGUGGAGCAGUAUAACGGCUUCGAGAUAGACGGCCGACACGUGAACGGACGGCAAACAUUGGGAGAAAACAUCGCGGACAACGGAGGCCUUAAAGCGGCGUACCACGCGUACGUCACCGCGCCUAAAACGUACAAGGAUCAGUUGCCUCUGCCCGGUUUAAACUUGACGCACCGACAGCUGUUCUUCUUAAAUUUUGCUCAGGUUUGGUGUUCGGCUAUAACGUCCGAGGCGAUGGCUCUCCAAAUCGAGAAAGACACCCACUGUCCACCGAAGUACAGAGUGAUCGGGCCACUGUUGAAUCUGCCGGAGUUCGCAUCGGAAUUCAACUGCGCGAAGGGGUCACGGAUGAAUCCGGUUCACAAGUGUGAGCUCUGGUAACGCGGCGUCCGAUUUUUCUCAGUCCGAUCUCCGGGAUCCUAAAACAGUCGAGAAUUCACAACAAAUUGCGAGUCGACGACCGACAAAUUCGUUUGUUCGGAUCGCUGACGCUAGGUACUUAUAAGCGAGCUGAUCCAAGGAUCUAAGACGGUUGGUUCGAAACGGUUCGAGGCCCGUUUCGAGCGAGUCCAUUGGAGAGGCGUGCCCGACCACGAUAACAGCGCUCGCCGCCGCGACAGAGCAUUCCCAUCGGACGCCGGUCAAGUACUUCCACUCGUCGAACCGCCGAUUUAAAACUAGGAGGACCGAAUCCGAUUUCAACCAGUCGGAAACAGCGGUUUCGAACGUUUUCAACGAACGACAGGGGUGUACAGUUCUUGAUGCCGAUCCAGGUCCGCAAUCUCGCCGAUUCGGACGAAAGUCGAACACGUCCCGCCGUGCAGCGCUCGUGCACGCGUGUCCUCGGCGUCAGGACCGUCGUGUAUCGAUUCUCUUCUUACGUAUAAUUAUUUGAGUCGCGCUCCGGACCGCAAAACCUUCUGGCCAGGUGUACGCGAGAUGCUCGCUGUGGUUCAUCGGGAUCGGUCCAGCCAAUUCUUCGCCGAACCGACCGACAUUGCGCCGUGAACGAGCGAACCCACGGUUUUUACGAGCGACGAGUCGUUUUUCACUUUUAUACUUGAAAGCAAUUUUAAAUAUUCGAUUGUCAGUCGAUUCGAGUAUACGUUUACGAUACGAAAAGGCUAACUAAAAUUCCCCGCGAACGCUUAACCGCGAGACAGUGUACCGUAACAGUGUACUAUUUUUCCGUAUAGGGCAACAAGAUCGACCGCGGGACGGCGUAGCGCGUCCGCGCGAAAACUCUUCUCCGCGAGAAAACGGCCGCCGCUGUUCAGAGUGUACGGUCAACUUCGUUUUAUUUUCGCUCGCGAUCAGGGGAGAUUGUGAACGGUCUCGAUGAGCCACGUCGACCGGUAGCGGGGCGCCGUAAUUUUCUGCAGGCAGGAUCUAGUGUUAAGCUUAAGAAAUUUAAUUUUUUAAAGACGCUACGGGCUAGUUAGAGCAAAAUUAGACGGUCAAUCCUUAGGAAGCGCGGUGUCUCGCGCGCGCCGCGAAUUUCGAGACGAAGUAUUUUUCAAUGUGCUUAACUGUGAAUAUCGAAUAUUGUUUUGUGUCCCACGGAGAGCUCGGUGGUCGAGCGAAUCAAAAAUCUUUCACUCUUUGUCCGCGCGGGCGGAGUGUCCACGCGGUUCGCGUCGUGGAUCGCGCGGCUGCGACCCGCCCGGGCGUACGCUAAACUCUUGUUCUCUAAUUUAAGGGAUUAUUUGUACAAAAAGGACGCUGCCGAUAGCGGGUUCCCAUCUAUUAAUCAAACUACUGUAAAAAAAAAGAAAAACGUACGGAAAGGACGACGAAUGCGUCGCAUCGAGAACCAAUCAGCGAAUCGGAGCGAUUCCACAGGUCUUUCGAAACGAGUACACUGUAAUCGAUACGUCUGUUAACCAUGUGCCAUGAAUCUUUAUUUUUCAUUGUUUCAGAAUAUCGUUAAGUAUAUACUAGUCUGUAGAAGAGGGAAGCCGGGUGUCGCGUCGCGGACAUCGCAUACUUUAAGGGGGAAUUUCCUUUUUUCUUAGUAAAAGAUAUCGAUACUUUAGGAUUUUUUAUAAACAAAAGUGUAACAUUAAUUAUUUCGAAACUUUGUAUGUGUGUUUGUUGUAUUUUCAUUACAUUACAUAAAUUUUUUUAGUUCUGUUCACUUAAAAAUACAGUUUGAAUUGCCCGUGAACUAGGACGCUCCGCACAAUUGCUUCAUUAACGGUUGACACGAUAUCUGCCUUCCGGUUGAUAUGAAAUCAAAAAUUCCAAUGAGAUUUUAUUUUAUAAACAUGUAAUUAUCGUUUGAUCUACAAUGAAUUAAAAGAAAAAUUAUUUUUCGAGAAAUGGUAACUGUUUAAACUUAGAUGUUCGAUUUUUCGCAGAAAAUUACCCGAACUUUUGGUAAUUAAAAAAAAUAUGUACAACCUAUCGUCUUGCCUGUAGAUCAAACGAUAAAAGGAUCAUUUCUUAACGUACAGUUAAAAUUUCAGGUUGAUUGAUCCAAUACUUCUUUUUAAAUCGUGUCAACCAGCUACGAAAAAGUGGUUCCGAGAAAAACUCGUUUAAAGUUUGUAGUACAGUUACCGAACAAAUAUCAAGUAUUUACAACUAAUCAGCUAUUCCAGGUCCGUAUAUUAUUCCUUCCUCUUGCUCAUCGAAUUGAUUUUUUUCUAAAUUUGCUAUUCUAGCCUCUGUACAGGCCAUUUUUGUUGUUCCAACGCUUCGUCCCACCGAUCUUUGUAAUCGACAUUUGCCACUACUCGUGGCAGAACUUUCACAUUGAUCUCUAAUAACAAUACCAAUAUCGUCCAUGAUUUUUAAAAUUGCAUAGCAGCCUUCAUUAAAAAUGCCUGCUGCUAUAAAUGAUGAAAUCUCAAUUGUUUUUAGUCCACAGUGAAGGUGUUUGGCAGCAAGUCGCCAGAGUGUCGAAUUGAAACUUUCAUUAUUUUGAGUUUCAUUACCCAAACACAUUUCUAAUAAUUCUUUUGAAGAUAAAUCUUCAUAAAGUGAUUUUACUUCUUUUGCAAGUCUUCACAAAGUGGUGACUCGUGGUUAAAUUCUUUAAGAGUACCCUCAGCUUCAGCUUUACGCCACUUACACCAACUAUCCGACCCCCUUGGACGGUACAUCUGUUUCGGACAUUUAUCUGAAGAUAUUUUAUGAUAACAUACAAUAGAAUCUGAAUGUCUUCUAAUAGCUAAACCAUAGUACAAUGUUAAUUGUUUAAUUAAUUUAUCAGUGAAUUGUUUUUCCUCCGAGUUUCUUGGUCAUUUUUAUAUUUCUUAGUCGCGAUCCCAUACGUUCGUCUACAUGACCUACACAUUCUUUUUUCUCGAAUAUAAAAUCGAAUUAUGCUAAUGUCACUGCAAAUAAAUUUCAACUUGGCUGUCAGAAAACUACGACUCCAAUAACAUAAACGUUUUACAACAGUGCCAUGGAUUCUGGGAGUCACGAUGUUCGAUCACUUGCCGACAAGUAUAUAUCUUGCUAGAAAAGUCCAUAACGUUGACAAUUUUAUGAAUUUCAACUGAAAAUUUGCAGAGGCAUUCCUACAAAGUUAAACCACAAGAUUCUGUAAACAACAAAAAAUCGAUUUUUCUUUGCCAAGAGAAAAGAGAAUCCCUUCUUAAGGAUAAGCGUGCUGCUUCGAAAGAUUCUCUUUACUUCACACUCGUUCGCCGGCGGAUAAUAAACAAUUUUUCAAACGAUCGUUUUUCGUUCGCGCGCUACGUUCGUUUCAGAAGCCAGCGUAAUGGGAGGAGCGCUGGAGAAUUCACCGACGCUGGAACGCGGGAGCUCUAUUAAGCGAAUUUCGUGCUAGUAGUCGUUAGAGCGCGACGAUUCUUCCGAGUUGCGUCACCCAAAUACUAUAAUGUUAUUCGAGAUAUUUACCGAGGUAACGGCGCACAUGUAAAUCAAAUAAAGAAGGAAUUAAACGACUUCCCUGCGUGUUCCGUUCGCAAAGUUUGUGCCAAACGUUCUCGAGAACGCAGACGAGACAGCUCAGCGCCGACGC